AUGGCAUCUGCCUCCAAGACUCUGGCCUCGUGCAUCUUUUGUAAAAUCGUGAAAGGAGAGAUCCCCAGUUUCAAGCUCGUCGAGACGGAGACGGCGUACUCCUUCCUCGACAUCAAUCCCUUGUCCAAGGGCCACUCGCUGGUCAUCCCGAAAUACCACACCGAGAAGAUGCACGAGCUCCCGGACGAGGAGCUCGCCGACAUCCUCCGCGUUGCGAAGCAGAUCGCUAUCGCCACCGGCGCGGAGAACUACAACAUCCUUCAGAACAAUGGCCGCAUUGCGCACCAAGAAGUCGACCAUGUGCACUUCCACGUCAUCCCGAAGCCGAGCGCAACAGACGCGGAGGGCUUGGUCAUCGGCUGGCCUCAGCAGAAGGUGGGGAUGGACGCGCUGGCGAAACUUCACGAGGAGAUCAAGGGGAAGUUGUGA